AUGCGGGUAGUUUUUACUAACCAUUCACAGACAUCAAACACGGCGCCAACGACUAAUUUGGUAAUCUCUAUCCAUCCAUCUAUCCCUAUCUAUCUAUCUCCAUCCAUCCAUCCCCAUCCAUCUAUCCCCAUCCAUCCAUCUAUCCCCAUCCAUCCAUCCAUCCCCAUCCAUCCAUCUAUCUAUCUCCAUCCAUCCAUCCCCAUCCAUCCAUCCCCAUCCAUCCAUCCCCAUCCAUCCCCAUCCAUCCAUCCAUCCCCCAUCCCCAUCCAUCCCCAUCUAUCCCCUCCCCAUCCCCUAUCCAUCCCCAUCUCCCCCAUCUCCCAUCCCCCAUCCCAUCCCCAUCUAUCCCCAUCCCCAUCCCCAUCUCCAUCCCCAUCCCCAUCCCCAUCCUAUCCCCAUCCCCAUCCCCAUCUCCAUCUAUCCCCAUCCUCCUCCCAUCCAUCCGCAUCUAUCCCCAUCAUCUAUCUCCAUCUAUCUCCAUCUCCCAUCUAUCUCUAUCUCUAUCUCCCAUCUCUCUCUAUCUCUAUCUCAUCUCUAUCUAUCUAUCUCUAUCUCUAUAUCUCUCUAUCUAUCUCUAUCAUAUCUCUAUCAUCCUAUAUCUAUCUCUCAUCUCUAUCUCUAUCUAUAUCUCUAUCUAUCUAUAUCUAUCUCUAUCUAUAUCUAUAUCUAUCUCUAUCUCUAUCUAUCUCUAUCUAUAUCUAUAUCUAUCUCUAUCUAUAUCUAUAUCUAUCUCUAUCUCUAUCUCUCUCUAUCUAUAUCUCUAUCUCUCUCUAUCUAUAUCUAUCUAUCUCUAUCUCUAUCUCUAUCUAUAUCUAUCUAUAUCUAUCUCUAUCUAUAUCUAUAUCUAUAUCUAUCUCUCUCUCUCUAUCUAUCUCUCUCUCUGUUGAACGUUGUGGUUGCUCGCGCCGCUCCAACCAUCCGUCGCACACCUCAGGCUCCCAAUCCUUUUUCAUAAUACUUGCUCCUCGUUUCUCACAAUCAUCAAACAAGCCUCCUGGAAUCACAUCCGGGUCUCUUCUGUCUGUCCUUAUCAUUAGUGGCUAUAAAGUUAAUCAGCUAUCACAGAAUGUUCCAACAUGUGUUCUGGCGGGCCAAUCGGACAUAAAAAUGAUCCAACCGUCCUUGUCAUCUUAG